AUGCCGGACCUGAACAACAACAUUGCACCCGGAAAGUACAUUCUCUACCGAGCACAUCACUUCGUCGGCAUGCGUGCUCAUUCUGACGGCUCUUGUUCUAUCAGUUGCAGCCAUCGAGCACAUGAAUCUGUCGUUGUCAGCCUCUGCGACCUGGAUCCCACCCAAUACGAUCAUAUGUUCAAAAUCACGCGUGUGUCCUAUGAAAACGAGACCAGCCCGUUUGACUUGGAUAUUUCGCAGGAAACAAUGAACGGACCCACUGGAGGCGAUGUUAGUGGUGGCAAACUUUUCGCAGUCUCGGCGGUUGAGUUUCUUGACGUACUCAUCAACCCCGAGCGGUGGCACGAUGACGUGCUGCACACGCCCGAGCCGCGUGCUGCUGAAUUGGUUCUGGCAGAAAACUUACUUUCUGAAGAUGAAGACGAAGACCUUGGGCCUGUACUCAUCGACUCGAUGUCCGACAUUUCUAGCGAAGAAGGUUUCUGGGACAACAGACCCGACUGGUAUGAGCGGGCUAUGGCCCUCCGUGGAGCAAGGCCGCUGGCCGAAGACUGUGUCGGAGGUUCGGAUGAAAUCUUGGCGCAAAUACAUCCUUCAGCAGAAGAAAUUUCGUCUGACAUCUUGAGAAUCAUUCCAGGUUUUUUCGAUGAGUACGAUGAAAUCCAUAACCUGGCAUCCUGCAGCCGGGAGCUGCGAUCUGUCGUGCUCGACAAGAGCUACUGGCGGGGCACACACAUAGAUCUUGUUGGGUCCCCCCUCGCAAAUGCCCCACAAGCAGUCAGCAACGCGGCCAAGCUCUUUCAGCAGGCGGCUUCUCUCACGAUGGAGAUUGGGCAGCUGGCUUGUGUGCAAGACAUCCCACGCCAGGCCAUCAUUCACUGGUAUCCCCAGGAGCUCGACAUUCCGGGGAACAACGUCCGCGGUUGGGCAAGCACUCAUUCGCUCUUCGGGGCGGUAAGAUUUUCGUUGACCGUGCCACGCACCGUGACCGCUAUCUACAUUGGUGCCAAGGCGACGGCAAGCAAGCAAAGGUCUUACAUGAAGAUUGCCGCUCCUUACCAGACUUCUUGUCAACUGUCUGUAGGAUACAGCGGAUCACCUCCGCAGGAGUUUCCAUCGAACAUGGUCAACCGUUUGCUGGCUCCUCCGGGCGCCGCUAACGAGUUUAUGUUCUUGUGGUCCAACCGCCGAUUGCAGCUGUAUUUGAACAGGCAAAAGAUCGGCACAGCUCACCUUGAAGAAGGUUUUGCUGAGAUGCCGGGAGCAUUUUCUUCAGUGUUUGUUUGGGUGAUCUCAAAUUCAUUCGCCACUGAGCCGCCUACCUUCAGUGCUCUGCUGUCACCCAUUGAUCCUGGCCCUUUGGUGAGGUGCGACUGCUGUGGCCAUCAUGAAGCAUUGACGGCAUCUCGUCGUCGCUGGGCAGUCUGCUACAUGUGCUCUUCCUGGGUUUGCAAAACCCACACAAUGGAGACGCCUGGUGACUUGUGCCCGUCCUGCGAUAAGCUUCCACUAAGUGACUUCAUUGGUGGGUCUUUCAACAGUGAAAAGCGCAAGGGCAUGGGACGACAUGCGUCCAACACUGAGCAUGGCCCAGUGGAGAUACGGGGCUGUUCUUUGCCGCUUGAAGUGAUACUUGAUCUUCCGGUACACUUCUUUUCUCCAGGGUAUCUCCGGUCGCUCGCCCUCGUCUGCAAGACGGUUCUUCGCUCAGUCCGAUGUGCAAACCGAUGGAAGCAUCGACGUUUAUCUAUCUGCGGCGAAGAAUUCAUGAAUGAGGAUAUUCUGCAUCGCAUGCAACGUUUCCACACCCUGGCCGAUGUCCUACACAUGCAAAUUCUCCACGCGGCGCUAUUCCGCUCCUUGCCAACCAAUGCAUUGCUUGUAUGGGAAGUUCACGCGACGACCCGAAUGUUUCGCGAGAACGUAGAGGUUGCAGAGUUCCGCUCGACGUGCCCAUUGCUAGGGAUUGCGUCGUUCGACCUUUACAUUCCAAAAGAUUCUACAUGCCUAUAUUUUGCAGUCCGAGAAUGGCACGGCGACACGAGCUCAUAUUGUCGCAUCCUCAGGCCCUUCGACCAGGUUCCAUUGGGUCAUAUAGGCUUCAACACCUCUCUUCGUCUUCCUCCGCACCCAGGUAGAGCGCAGUACGGAUUGGUACCUGACUCUUUCAAUCGCAUCGAUUUGCAAUGGAACGAGAACUGCUAUGUGGUGAAUGUGAAUGGCAUCGCCUGUUACACUGCAAGUGUUGCAAAUGUUUUCGCCCGAGUGACUCCUUCUCUGGCGCAGCUUCGUGUCGAAGUCUACCGUUCAAGAACCGAAGGUGUUUGUCGGUCUGUUUUGAAAGCACUACCCAGCGUGAUGCAAGUGAAGACCGAAAUCAAAUGUGAAAUCUGUGAGCAGGGAUAUCCGUUGGAUCAGCCGAGAUGGUCCGUGUGUCCAAUCUGCUGCACAUGGGUGUGCCGGAUUCAUGUGCGGAGAUCACCUUUGCGUAUUUGCAAUAACUGCCCUGGAUACUUGGAUGACUAUCUGGGAGGAAGCUCAUCUUCCGCCAACACCGUGCUCACACAGAAGUCAGUGGCUGUUACGGCAGCUCAAAGGAAGCGGCUUGUCGACUCCAGGCUCCAAGCGUGCAAGCGAAAAGCAAGUCAAUUGGUUCUGCUGGAUGGCUUCAUGCCCAGACUCCGACAGCCAGACUCGUUGACUUUUGCGAUUUCACCAAUUGAUUUCAACCCGGAGACUGCACCGGAUGUCGAUGUGCUGAAGCUCUUGCACGCACACCCCAGGGACUUCAGAAUUCGGUUUCAGGCGUCAGAUCAUACCUACUACAUCGACGGGGUGCAGACAAAGGGCUCAGUCACCGGAAUGAUUCACGCCUUUUCUCAACCGUUCGAUGCGGAUGCGGUUAUCACCAAGAUGAUGAGCGGCAAGAAUUGGCCUCGGGCAGGAUAUCUCAAACGUGAAGUUUCGUUGAUGUGGAUGAGCCGGCUUACUGUUUAUUAUCCAGAAAUACUGCAUUUGUACGCCGGCAGCCCGAGAGAUGAUGUUCACAUUUGCACAGCUCUCCGAGAGAUCGCCAGCUACCACGACAUCGAAGACGAGCUUGCACAGCUGACGAUGCCUCGUGACGCCAUCAAAACCAUGUGGAAUGCUGCUGGGCGGGAAGCAGCGCACCAGGGCACUCACAUGCACUAUCUCUUCGAAGCCCUCCUCAAUGGUCACUCGGUGCCCGCCGUCUCCCCAGAGGUUCGGAUGCUGCAAGCCUUCCUACACAACACUGCAGCAAAUUCAACAGCCUGGCGGACUGAGUGGACUAUCUUCGGCGAUGUUGAGAGAAUUGCUGGCUCCAUCGAUUUCUGUAUGCAGCUACCCGAUGGAAGUAUGAUGCUGGUCGACUGGAAACGUACCUCUGGUUUGCCCGGCAAGUACCACUCAUACCAGGCCAUGCGAUCACCGAUCGCUCACAUCGCAGAUUGCACGGGGAUCGUGAACGGCGAGGGUGACCUGGUGACUAACAGCGAGAGACCUUUUCAUGUUUCUCUGGAAGCUGUAUCCAGCAAUCGAUGCGUGGACGUUGAAGGAGGAUCUAGUUCCGGGUCGGACAUGAAAGAUCGCCAAGAGCACCGUCACAAAGUUGUUGCCGGUACGAUCUAUCAAAACCUUGCUUUCUUUCAGGAAUAUCCCACUGCCGUGUAUCUAAUUCCGGACCUUGACAGUGUCGCCUAUCACAGCAGGAGACAAUGGGAAAAAGCAAUGUUCGAAGCCAGAAAAUUGAUCAGACUUCUCAGGACAGAAUAUCUUCAAAAAACGUACAUUCUCUACAUGUACGUCCACACAUUUCUGCGCAGAAGGACAGCAGCGCAGGCACUGCUGGUUUCGGAUGUGGAGCAUCCCUCACAAACAGAGCAGUCCCAGCGUGAGUGGGUGCACGGCCUCAUCGCCUUUCUUAUCGAGCACGUUUUUCCGAUCGGACGACAUGGCAAGCGUGAUAUCAUAAAGAAGUUCCUGGGUGAUGAUGUAUUUGGACAAGCGGAUGCGAUGGACAUCGCGGAAUCAGCUCCUGAACAAGAUGAUGCUUCCUCAGGAGAAGACCCUGAGCCGAGAAUCACACAGGACCUGGAAGAAGUGCUGCAGAUUCAGGAAACAGAAAACAAACAAGCGGCUGAUGCGCUGGGACUUGCGCGCAAAAGGAGAUUGUUGCCAGGAGCCGACACCACAGCAUCACAGUUUGCAGCCACCUUUGCUGCCUUGCGUAAUUGCGCUGAUAACUCCUUCGCGAACGUCCAGCGCAUGCACCUGGCCCAUGAGCUUAGUAUACCAGAGCAAGUCAGGCGACUGCGCAACCAGAUUCUGCAGCAGUUUCCAGGGCUGAACGAACAGGUCCUGCGCGUGGCCAUUGGCGCUUUGUGUGUGUAUCGUCUCAGGCUCACGGACAUGCACGUCAGGAAAAUGGUGUUGCUGCUGUGGGUUGUGGAAGGAGACACUCACAUGCGUUGUCACAACGGAAAUUUGUAUUUUUUCCAUUCGGGCACCGUUGCGAUCCAUCGCGGCAUUCCACCGCAGGGCACACUGGCAAGAUGCAAAAGAUUUUUUCUGCAUCUGGAAGGCUUCUUUCGCCUGAUGGCAAAUGCACAGCUGAUGACUGACGACAAUAUUCUGAGCCAGAUGCAACGUUUGCUUUCGGACAACAACGACUCGGCGCAGCAGUUUUUGAAUAGCUGCGAAGAUGCGGCACGUGGACAUGUGCCCGCGCGUGGUGUUGUUCGGAGAGGCCGGUCUGUUAUGGCCGAUGCCUUAAAUCCCGGCGAGCCAGAUGAUGGUUUCACCGGCCGUGCCGGCGGACGGUGCGAAGGCAUAGCAGACUCGCUAACAAGAGCCGGGUUCACUCUCCAGAAUAAACUGCUGGAAGACAAGAUCUUCAGUUUGGUUGUGGAAUGGUGUGACAGUCCGCAAACUCGCACUGCUGGUGUUGCGUACAAGGAUUGCGCUGUUGUGCACGGCACUUCUCCGGACGAGCAGCCGGUCCGCUGGGCCCUGGGCAGGCCUGAGGACAACCUUUACAUCCACAUUCCACAUCCCUUACUCGAUCCAGUACAAGAGUGUGCUCAGUCCCGCCUGGAGCGGUUCUACGCCGAGACCUUUUGGCUUAACAACGAUGUAUUUGCGUGCAACCAAGCCGCCAUCGCACUGGCCAAACGAGGCGAGAACAUCGUGGAGCAAUCCGCUGGCUGCUUCAUCCUGACGGCGCAGGAGAAGCCUGAGAAUGCUCGUAAAAUGCGAGAGGAUCUGUUCAAAAAGACUAUGUCAGCCGACGGCAUCGCAGGACGCAGGCCGUACGGCAUGAGUACCAGAAUGAUCGAGCUGGUGGGAUGGAAGCGAUAUGAAGUCAACUCGAUGGUACGCUUCAGCGGAGUUACGGAAAAAAACUUUCCAUCAGCUCACAGACGUGGGUUCGUGUGGCUUCCGAAGGCGCAUUUCAUAGACGGCAGUAUCAUUACCUUUCAAUAUCCGGAUGCUUCCAUGGAUGGUUACUUUGCUAAGGACGACGAUUUAAAAGCUUUCCUGCGAAGCGGACCCUGCGUGGCAGCUUCGCUUCGACUGCAGCAUGCUUUUGAGUCUGCUCACGGCGCACAGGCUUGCCGCGACUUAAUUGAGGCAUAUGCUGCAAAGCCUUUGACUGAGGAUGCCAUGAGGGAAGCCUGCGGUCUGCCGCCGCGCCAGCGCUCAGACCAGGUACACGCUAACCUUAAUUUGCCAGUUGAUAACAGCAGCCAAGACGAGAGAGACCAAUUGCACGAGCAGCUGAAGAACUUGCUGCCUGCAAUCAUGGACCAUUGUCUGGAAAAGUGCAAGUAUUUCAAGUCUUUCAUCACGAAGGGUAUGUGGAAGUACGUCAAGCUGCCACCAGACCAUCCGUCUCAUUUGGACAGAGACGCCAUGUGGGAUGCAUUGCUGCACCACGAUCUUCUACGUAAAGUUGAACAAGCGAAGUACAAUGAUGCGGCCAUGCCCGUCAUUUCCGUGGAUGCUGCCUUCCGUCGACUUGUGAAGUACAUUAUUGGAAAUGGAGACAGAGAGUCAAAUGUGGCGACUGUGCUGCAGCACCUGGAGCUUCUCGGCAAGAGUUUGAAGCAUCACGGCAAGACAGGCAGGCAGGAAGGAGGGCUGAGAGAAAAGAUUCAGGAAAUCGAAAACAAGGUGAAAAAGGUUACGGAGAAUGAAAAAGUGCUGUCCAGAGUCAUGGAGAUCGGUAUUUCAGAGGACGGAGCAGUCAAGCGGCGUCGCACCACAAAAUCCAACGCGUCGGAUGCUGCCAGCUCAAGUACUGCCAUCCGGAGCCCUGUGUCGAUUACGAAUACAUAUGAUCGGUCAUUCCAGGGACUAGUGCGCACCCGAGCUUACGUGAAGGGCUUAGGUGGGCAGCUCAUGUCUCGCCCGCUGCAGCGCGUAAUGCUUCCCGGAACGUAUGACUUGGAUAUCCAGAACUCUAUUCACGUUCUAUUGUCACAGUUGCUGCGCAAGCUUGACUCCAAAGGCAUCAUUCCAGAGGAAAUUCACGAUACCAUGGAGGCAUGCGCGAAGAACAGGGACGAGAUCAUCUGCGACGAGCUGAAGAUGAGCCGGAAGCAGGGCAAGAAGCUGCUUCAUCAGGUAUACAAGCAAGUGAGCGCCAUGGAAAAGAAGUCGAAUCCGGAAGCCUCUACUCUGUUCUACUUGUACGCAGCAGUGGAAGACUACGUGCUCAACGCUUGGGAUCAAGACUUGAUGCGACGGCUGCCAAAACACAUCUCGCUUCACUUCGACGGGAUUCGAGUUGGAGGCCUUAAUCCGGAGGUUUCUGCGCAGGUGCUCUGCGACGAGGCUGCUUCAGCGAUACUGAAAACCACAGGCUUCGCUGUAACCAUAGUCGAGAAGCGUCAGCUCUUUUUCAGGGAGCUCUGUGCAUCUCCAGUCGAGCGAGUGGAAGAACAAAUCGACGCAGAAUUACUCAAGCGUGGAAACUGCAUACCGCUGGCAAUGGCGCGUUUGCUGCCAGCCAGACAGGAUCAGAUUUUGAAGGCGUUGACCGCAGCAAAUCAUAAGAAUGCCGAAGCAGAGCAGUCUGGCUCGCGGUGCUACAAUUUCUUGCUGAAGGAGAUGUCCAUAUGGGCCGCUCCACGGCUCGGGCUGGACACACCAAAGCCUGGAAAUUACCUUCUGCACAUGGAGGACAAAGGAACACCGCACUGCAUCGCCUGCCGCAUCCGAGACAACGAACUGGUGGAGCUCUGGGACGGUUUGCACAAGACGAGGCUGCUACUCCCGGAGCUGGUGCAAUUCAGUGAGGAGGCAGUCGACUCCAGCACCAUCGUAACUUUUCAGUUGUUCGAGAAUGACGUGGAAAGGGAACCAUCGAAGACGAAGGAAUGCCCUGUUACCACACCAAGUAUUUGGUCUUGA